AUGAGAGGGCAAAUUUUGGGUACAAUAGAGGUUGAUAGGUUUUGCGAGAUAGUUGAAUCCAUCAAAGUUGUGCUUCUUGAUGCUGAGUUGAAGCAAGAACAAAACCAUGUUGUUCAAAACUGGAUUGGAAGACUCAAUGAUGUGCUUCAUCCUGCUGAUGACUUGCUAGAUGAAUUUGUUAUUCAAGAUAUGAGACACAAAAUGGAAGUACAAGAGAAGAACAAAGUGUCAAAGUUGAAUUUGAGCCAAAAUGUUGUGGUGGUUAGGAAAACUAAUGAAGUUAGAAGAGAAAUUAGUCCUUUUUUUAGAAUCGGAUAUCAUUGGUAG